AUGGUUUUGAUUGUGCGCCGCUUUGAGUCUCCGAAGACAGCAGAAGUGCCUGGCUGGAUCACGGCAAAGAGAUGUCUCCACCUUUAUUUUGUUUCCAGUGGUGAAAAUCUAAAGGAGUUUCCUCUAAAGAUGAGUAAAGGUGUUUCUCAAAGUUCUCCAGGCGUUGCUGUUUCGGUUCUGAUUGCUGUUGUCUUCUCUUGCAAAGUCUGUGUCGGAGAAACCAUCUACGCAGUGAAAGGCUCAUCACCGGAGCUUCCAUGUCCAUGCACGUCUUGCUCUGGAGAUCUCACCAGGGCAGUGUCCUGGUACUUUGACCAUCAAGGCCAUACAACACCUCUCUUUCAAAAACUGGGGAAUAGCCAUGUGAUAAAGCGUCUCCCGUUCUCCUGGGACCGUCUUGAAGUGCUUCAGAAUUAUGCCCUUCACUUUCGCAACCUCACAGAUAACGAUACUGGGCGAUACUGGUGUGAAUUGGGCCAUUACUAUGACCUUGUGGUUGUCACUGGCAGAAAGCUAAUUUUGGAAAGCAGUGAAGCCAAUACGACAUGCUAUGUCUUGAGUUGCUCCAUCUCAGGCAAGAAGCUACUCAGGGAUGUGGGCACUUGGUGGGAAGGUGGAGAACAAAUCCAGCAGGAAGACAAAGAGGAGAGACACAGCAUCUUCAGAGGGCAAAGGGCUACACAACUCCACAUUUGCUUUAAACCAGAGACCAAGGAGAGGAAAGUGAAAUGCCAGUUUUCUCCAAAGACAGAGAUCAUCUUCACUUUGACUGAGAAUGAACAGGCUAGCAGGUUGCUGCCUAUUUCACAGGCGAAAGACUGUUUGUCAACUCAAUGUCCUGAAAGCAGAGGAAAUGGAGGACCGUGGAUACCAUUGGCUGUUUGCGUUGCAUUGCAGUUUUUCAUUAUCUUUGCUCUGGGGAUGAUACUCUGGAGAAGAAUCUGCAGGGAGAGACAUGAAAACCAUCUCAAAGGGCUCCAAAAAGAUGUUUCUAAGUCAGCAUACAAAUCACAAGUCUAUGAGAAUGUCAAGAACAGAUCAGAAAAGCUGUGACAAAGGGAAAAUUCGGCUUCCUAAUGAUUCAGUCAAUCCUGGACCACACCCAGUAACUUUGAAAACAGCGUUAUAUUUUUCUUUCCCCAGUUUAAACACUUUUCCCCUGGAUCUCAUUGUGAAUUAUUUCCAGUGAGGGGUUCCCACCCUGCCCUACUUUCCUAAAGAUCUAGACUAAUCUUUCCCACCCUACUGAUUUCUGCAUGUUUGAACCUACUGCCAUUGGAAACUACCUGGACUUGCACCAACCUACAAAAUGCAAAAAAAAAAAAAAAAAAG